AUGCUUGGGAACAAAUCUUUCACUAUCAACGGGGCCGCCUGCGGCGCUGAGGCUCUAGUCUUAGCCCUCAUCACCUCUCUUGGAGGAUUCCUCUUUGGAUAUGAUACUGGUCAAAUCUCGGCUAUGCUUCUAUUCAGAGACUACGUCGAUCGUUUUGCUCAAACAGACGAUGACGGCAGGAAAUACUGGGUCCCCGCCAUCCAAGGUAUCCUUGUGUCACUUAUGAGCAUCGGAUGUCUCAUUGGAGCCUUGUCAGGAUCUUACACGGCAGAUUGGUACGGUAGAAGAUGGAGUCUUACCAUUUUCGUCGUCAUCUUCCUCCUCGGCAACGUCAUCCAAAUCACGGCCAUGUACUCGUGGGUUCACAUGAUGAUAGGCCGUCUCAUCGCCGGUCUUGGUGUCGGUGCCUUGUCCAUCGGCGUCCCCAUGUUCCAGAGUGAGUGUGCACCGCGUGAAAUCCGCGGCGCUGUCGUGUCGUCAUAUCAACUCAUGAUCUGCUUCGGCAUUCUCAUCUCAAACAUCGUCAACUAUGGCGUACGUGAGAUUGAAGACAGUGAUGCGUCAUGGAGAAUUGUUAUCGCCAUUGAGAUGGCAUUCUCGAUUCCUCUUGGGCUAGGGGUUUUGGCUUGCCCUGAGUCGCCUAGAUGGCUUGCCAUGAGAGAGGAUUGGGAUGGUGUGAGGACAUCGCUCGCGAGAUUAAGGGGAAUGGUGAGUGAUGUGAAAAAUCCAAUUGUUGAGGAUAAUAUUCAGGAGAUGAGGAUUCUGCUUGAGGAGGAGCGAAAGGUUGGGCAGGGAAGUUGGUUGGAAUGUUUUGGUGUGCGCAACAAGGGACCGAAGGUGCUGUACCGAACACUCCUUGGAAUGGCUGUGCAGUUCUUCCAGCAGUGGACUGGUGCCAACUAUUUCUUCUACUACGGAGCCACUAUCUUUGAGUCCGCCGGCAUUGACGACCCCAUUCUCGUCCAACUAAUCCUCGGCGCAAUCAACGUCGGAAUGACCUUCUUCGGCAUCUACUCUGCAGAGAAGUUCGGUCGUCGCUGGCCCCUCAUCAUCGGCGGCUUGUGGCAGACAGCUUGGCUUCUCAUCUUUGCAUCUGUCGGAACAGCCAUUGACCCUGAGGGCAGCAGUACCAGCGGCAUCGUCAUGAUUAUUUCCGCUUGCAUGUUCAUCGCCUCCUUCGCUGUCAGUUGGGGUCCACUCGGCUGGGUCGUUGUUGGAGAAGUCUUUCCCUUACGCACUCGUGCCAAGCAGGCUUCGUUGGCUACUGCAAGCAACUGGCUUGCAAAUUUCCUCAUCAGCUUCCUCACUCCCUUCGCUGAUGCUGGUAUCUCUUACGCCUUUGGCUAUGUGUUCGCCGGCAUGAAUCUGAUUGGCACUGUCAUUGUAUACUUCUUCCUAUACGAGUCAAAGACUUUGAGUCUUGAGCAUAUCGACAUGAUGUACUGUCUGCCUGACCUCAAGGCAUGGGAAAGUGCGAAGUGGACGCCACCCGGGUAUGUCACCCGUGAGAAGAAGGAUGAGUCUUACUUUGAGGAGAUGGCUGCUGGGAAGGAUGCAGAGAAGGUUGUUGUUCAUAGCGACAGUGGGGUUGAGUGAGAUGGAACAUGGGUGAGAUACGCUUUUAUUGGAGGAAUGGUAGAUACAAUAAGUGUACAAUAUAGAUGAAUACUAGAA